GCCCUCUGGCGGCUGCCCGCCCGCAGGUCAGCGGUGAGCGGGCGGUCGCCGGUCAUGAAGUCCGUUUUCGUCACCGUGGGCACCACCAGCUUCGACGACCUCAUCGCCACCGUCUGCUCCCCGGCGGCCCUGCAGGUGCUGCAGAGCCGCGGCUACCAGAAGCUGGUGCUGCAGGUCGGUCGGGGAGUGCUGAAGCCGGCGCUGCACAGCAGCCCGGCCAUGGCGGUGGAAGCUUUCCGCUUCAAGGACUCGCUGGGAGAGGACCUGCGGAGGGCGGACCUGGUCAUCAGCCACGCAGGUGCAGGUAGCUGUCUGGAGGCUCUAGAAAAACAAAAACCACUAAUAGUAGUAACAAAUGAAAAGCUGAUGAACAACCAUCAGCUUGAACUGGCGAAACAGCUCCACAGAGAUGGGCACGUCCUCUACUGUAAUUGCAGCACUCUUGUGGAGACACUGCAGUCGAUGGACUUGUCAACUUUGAAACCUUAUACUCCCGGACAGCCAGAAAAGUUUGCUUUGUUCUUGGAUAAAGUUGUUGGCAGCAGCCGCGCGCCCAGCCGCCACGCGCCGCGCAGCGCAGCGCUCCGCGCGGAGCCCCCGUUUCCCGCUUGCUGCUGUUGCUGCUUCAGCCGUUGCCGCCCGGGGAAGAUGCAGAAGGGCUGGAAGAAGUACUUCGGGCAGAAGUCCUUCAGCGAGGUGGCCAUGGACGAGUACCUGGGCAGCCUGGGGCUGUACCGCAAGAUGACGGCCAAGGACGCCUCCUGCCUCUUCCGAGCCGUCUCGGAGCAGCUGUUUUCUUCUCAAAUUCAUCACAUGGAAGUUAGGAAAGCUUGUGUCUUGUUCAUGAGGCAACACCAGCAUAAGUUUGAAUCUUAUGUGGAAGGAUCAUUUGAGAAAUACCUUGAACGACUAGGAGAUCCAAAGGAAAGUGCUGGCCAGCUGGAAAUGAGUGCUUUAUCAGUGAUGUACAAGCAAGACUUUAUUCUGUACCGGUACCCUGGAAAGCCACCCACUUAUGCUACAGACAAUGGCUUUGAAGACAAGAUCUUACUGUGUUGUUCCGGCAACGGCCAUUAUGACUCUGUGUAUACAAAACAAUUCCAGGAAAAUGCUGCUAUUUGCCAGGCUGUAUUAUAUGAGAUCCUGUACAAAGAUGUGUUUGGCAUGGAUGAGGAAGAAUUAAGGUCUGCAGUUGAGGUGUUUCGAAGUGGAUCCAAGAAGAACAGAAACAGUGGCUCUGUAGGAAGUGAGGAUGCAAACUUUGAUUGUCUUCAUGAAAAAGCAUCCAGAAAUCCAUCAGAAAAGAGAGUGGACGACUGGGAAGGCAAUGAUACUGGCAAUCCACAGGAAGAUAAGUUCAAAAAAGGCAUUGAAGAAGAAAAGCCUCCAGAAAAUCCAUCAAAGAUGCCUGUUCCUUAUAAAGUGCUAAAGGCACUGGACCCUGAGAUCUAUCGAAAUGUGGAGUUUGAUGUUUGGCUGGACAGCAGAAAAGAGCUUCAAAAAACUGACUACAUGGUGUUUGCUGGGAGACAGUACUAUUUAGGAGACAAGUGUCAGGUACGUCUGGAGCCUGGAGGUAAGUAUUACAAUGCUCAUAUCCAGGAAGUCGGACAGGAUGGCAACACGUUGACUGUAUUUGUUGAGGAGCUGGCAGAAAAGCAUACAGUUCCUUUGGCAAACUUAAAACCAGUGACGCAAGUGGCGCCUGUCCUUGCUUGGAAUAUGGUUCCGAGCCGAAAAGGAGGAACCUAUCAGAAAAUAACAGGUGGAUACUUCUCAGGAGUAGAAAUGGAUAUGAAAACAUGGAAGAGAAUGCUUAAGAAAGUUCGUGGAAAGGAAGUCUUUAUGACUGUGGCUUAUAGCAGGGGUCAGCCAGUUCUUCCACCACGGCUACAGCACAGUGUUCCUUCAGGGCGCUCUCCUCCAGUUCACUGCUCGCAGGGUGGUGGAAACAUGGCACCUUACGAACCCUAUCAUCCUCAGAAUCCUCCCCAGAGACAUAACCGUGGAUUUGGGAUGCCAAGGGGAUCUGCCCGAUUUAUAAACAGGCACAACAUGGUUGGCCCUCAAAUAGCAUUCUACCCCAGUCCAGGAAAGAGAUGCUAUCAGAGCUAUGACAAUUUCUCCUGCAGGUCCUGCUCGUACAGCCGUAGCCGCCGUCAGAUGCAGUGUGUGAACAAGGAAUGUCAGUAUGGGUUUGUACCAGGGAAUGGAGAGGAGCCUCAAGGACCAGAAGAAACUAUAACUUUCUAUGAAAUUGAAGGAGAGGAUGACCCUGCUUUUCCUACUUUACCAAGCCAGGGUAGCCCUGCUCCCAUUGUCCACGGUCCAGCAGGAUUUUGGGUAGCAAGGAGAGGCCCAAGCUCUGUUCCACCUAACAAGCAGACCCUGAAUUCCUCAGAGGAGGAAGAAGAAACAAGUGAAAACGGGAAGUUUCGUGAAGAAUAUAUCUAUGCACCUCCAGAUGCUGACUGUGAAACUGCAACAGUCUUUAGUUCAGCAGAACCUACAGCAAACUUGGAAGAAGGGCCAGUCUCUGUGUCACCUCAAGACGGAGUGGCUUCCUACAGCUAUCCCCAGAAGGUGUUGGUGAACUCUGCAGCAAUCUCAACCUCAACAGGUGUUUAUGCUGCUCCAGCUACAGGCUUCUCCUCAAAUUCUGCUGCCUCCACUCCAGCCAGUGUCACAACAGCAGCUCCCCCACAAACAGCAGUUCAGCCAGUCGUAGUAUCUCCCCUUUCUAUAGGGAGGCCAGCAGUUUCUUCAGUGCCAUUCCCAGUUUAUUCAGCUCCUCUUCCUCCAGUCAGUGAGGUGGGAGAAGCUGGUGCCGUUCUUCCACCUUACUCUUGUGAUCCCAGUGGCAGUGAUCUGCCUCGAGAUACAAAGGUCUUGCGGUAUUAUUUUAAUCUGGGAUUGCAAUAUUAUCAUCAGAGCUAUUGGCCUUCCAUGGUGUAUGUACAGCCAGUGCUGCCACCAUCACCUGUGGAAGUUUAUCCAGCAUAUGCUGAGCCAGCUCCUGUCCUAGAUCAGUCAGUACCUCAGCUCUACACUGAUGCUGGGCGAACUGAAGUCCACCAGGUUCCCCUGGAAGCACCUGCAAAUGGUAACUUUCAAAAUGCAGAGCCUCCACCCCUGUCCUACGGGCCAGUAUAUUACCCAGUUGUGUCAGACCCCUUCAGCCAGCAAUCUCUUCCUGGGUUUGAUUCUUUAGUACCUGCCUAUCGCUAUAUUAGUACCUGGCAUCCAGUAAAUCCACCCUAUGGAAAUUCUCCACAGAUUGCUAAUGCUGUAAGUUCUGGACCACUGCACCAAGUCAGCUAUAUUGCCUCACCUAACCCUGCACCUCAUGACGUACCUCAAGGAAUGUAAAUCUGGGAGCUAUAAGCUUGCUGCUUGCCCUUGGUUUCUCUUGUUUCUUGUUUGUCAACUAUAUGUUAAUAUUGUUUUGUAAAUGUUACCCUGUCUUAGUGGGCUGGGUCAGUUGAUUAAAUGGCAUUCAAAUUUCAUGUUUCUCUUUAGGUUUAUGCUAGUGAUAGAUGACUUGACAAGAUGAUGUUUUAGUCAAUUAUGUAAGAAAGCAUAGGAAAAGAGUACACAAACUAUAGUGCAGGGAACACAAAGCUUGAAUUUGAGUACAUAAAGUAUGUGUAAAAACAUAGGCCAUUGCUAAAGGAAGGUUGCAUCAUGUACCUCCGUGAGGGGUUGCACUGGAACACUUAGACACCUGGUUCUUGUUUAAGCACUGAAAUAGGCUGCUAUUGCAACUACAGGUAAAAAUUGGGCACAGGGUCAUUAGAGGACAAAAAUGCUUGAAAUAGGUUGGCUUUCUCAGAUUUCGCAAAACAAAACUUCUUUGCCGCUAGCGGUCACAUAUUGGUAAUAGCUGUAUUUCUUCUGUUGAAUUUCAUUCUGCGUAAGUUUCAUGACUCUUGAAAGUGUAAGAAUACUGUUUUGAUCUGUUGUAUAUUGCUGUAUGUUUGUAAGAUUUGUUUUGUGAAAGCUGUUGCACAAAUGGUGGUAGUCUUGGUGUUUAAUUUGCACUGAUAGCACAAAAUAAAAGCAUUGA